AUGUCGAAUCCGCCGCCGGCGUCUCAAUUGUGCUUCUUAUCAGAUUUGCCUGCAAGGCGAGAGAUGGAGAAAGUGCGGUUUCUCGGCUGUGUGACAUCUUACUCUGUCAGCUCAGGGAUCCUGACCCUGGAACAUCAGUACCCUGUUGCAUCUACGACCAAGGCAUUGGUGGACGUCAAUCUCUUACUCGAAAGUCUCAAGUCAGAACAGACCCAGGUUGGCGCAUGGGUCAAUGUGAUCGGUUACAUCAAGAUGCCCCCGUCUGCUCGACCGACCAAGCCCGCGCGGGAGAGGCCGACAGUGCAUGUCCAAGCCGUCCUCCUGUGGUCUGCUGGUCCUAUCGACAUCAAGCAGUAUGAGACAUGCCUGAGCAAUGCAGAGGGAGCAAAGACCUGA